AUGUAACCUUACUACGAUAAAGACACUGACGAUGAAUGUAAAUUUAAUAAAAAUCCAAUCUUAGCUUCCGAUAAUGCUUCGGUUGAAGGAAUGAUAAAUAGGCCAUAAACAGCUCCUCCGAGUCCAAUUACAGAACUUGAAGAAUUCAAAAGAUAAGACGAAUUUAAUAUUUUGGAUAGAGCUUAACGUUACUAAAUUAAAUUAAUUUAAAGAGAUUUUCAUAAAUACGAUCUGGAUAACCCUGAAGGCUAGCGAAGUUGUAAAAAAUACUUAAAAAUAUUAGAGGAAAUGUGCAUAAUUUAUCAAGUCAAAACUCUAUCAAGAGAUUACAGAAAUACCUUUUCCAAGGCUUAUAAGAUCUUGUAUAAAGAGGAUAGAUUAUGUUAUCUUCCAGAAAUCUUGGAUAGUGCAUAGGAAGGUUUUCCAUACUUAUGGGUCAAUUCCGAAAAAUUUGUAUUUUCACACGAUGUGCUUUCUAAAGGAUCGAAAUUAAUAGAACUAUUUUAUAAAGUUUAACAUAUAAUUAGACUUUCAUACACAAGAACACUCAAAGAAAGUCCUGAUUUCUCAUCAAAACAAUUGAAACAAGAUAUUGUAAUUAUUCUAGAGGAUUUCGAUUAAAUUUGGGUAGAUUUUGAAAAACUCUAUGUUAAAGAAUUGAUGGACAUCGAAGCAAAAGCCAGAAGGUUUAUUCUCUUAGCAAUAGAGAUUGAUAAAGAGAUGACAUCUAUUGAGAUUAGGGAAAAGUUAAGAGGUAAAAUACUAGUAACUAGUGAAAACUAUAUUUAAAAAAAAGAACAAUUCUGUAAAGUUAUUGCUUAAAUCAAUUCAGUUGCCAAUGUAGAAGGAAAAGGAAGAGACGACUUAGGCAUUAACAUACUUUUGGAAGCAGAAGGAAUCACAAGAAGAGUGACUAAAGAGCAAUCUAGUGCUGUUCGUAAUCUAGCUGAUAGUAUCAAGGCAAAUUUCUAGAAGUUUAGAGAAUAAAUGAGAAAAUACGAAGGAAAUAUAGAAAUGGUAGACCCCUAAUUGAAAAACAAUUAAGAACUUGUGGAUUUAUUAGUUGAAUAUGAAUCCUAGUGGGAAAAAGGACUAUAUUAUUUAUUAGACCCGACAAAGUGUUAAUAAUUGAUGUACUUUUCACAUAUAAUUGAAACUACUGCAGAGAAAUAUUAAUAAUUUUAAGAGUAAUUAGAAUGCAGAGACUCUGAUAUCUUUGUAACUAUUCCUUGUUUGAUUGCUUUGAAAUACUUAGAAAAUGAGGAUAGGAAUAUUUGCACUUAUUUCUUACCAACCCUAAAGGAGGAAUCUUCGAAAUUAUAUCAAUACUAUGCAUCAUUAAAGAAUCAAUUUUUAGAAUGGAGAAAUUUGCAUGCCAAAUAAUAUGAAUAUUAUAACAUUCUAGAAAAAUAGUUAUUAGGAAUACCUUUAAAUGAGAAGGAACAAAUUGCACUGUAAAAUUUUAAAUUAGAUAAUAUUAUGUAAAAAAUUCGAUAAAUGUCUAUUGAAUUAUAAAGAUAUAAUGCAAUAGAAUGGAAUUACUUUAUUGAUGCAGCCAUCAACAAUAAUUGA